GUUUCAGUGAAUGUGACACACUGUAUUUGUCAUUCAGAGAAAGAUAGAAAGAAGAAAAUCUUACAAAUUCCAUAUUCGGUUGGUGAGACAUCAUACUUGUUGCAGUUUCCGCUCCAAUGCAUUCAUCCUCGUCGAAUGUUUGUUAUGGACGGAUAUACGUUAUGCUCGGGUUAUUCCGAUCUGCAGAAAAAGUUAUAAGCGUCUCACAAUGAUGUGGCGCAACUUUACAUGGGAUACUUGCUACCUUCUUCGCUUACAAACGAAUAUUUUUCUUACGGCAGUUACUAGACCAUCUCGAAUUCUUAUUUAAAAUCUGCUCAUCAAAUUAUCGAUCAUUCACCAGAAAAAUUGGAAAUUUUUCUUAGAUAUUGUCUCCGUGAGAUGGAAGAAGUAUCAGUUGAUAAAUUUCGAAACGAACGAUGGCGUGACUUGAGACGUCUCACCGAUGGGAAAUCAGCUUUUGCCCAUCCAGCUUUCGAACCAGGAGUGAAGAAUUUGGAAGCAGUACAGAACUGUCAUGUGUUAGUGGUCGGAGCUGGUGGAUUGGGAUGUGAACUACUGAAAGAUUUGGCAUUAUCUGGUUUUCGAAAAAUCGAAGUGAUCGAUAUGGAUACGAUCGAAUUGUCCAAUCUGAAUAGGCAGUUUCUUUUUCGUGAAACUGAUGUUGGUAAAUCAAAAGCCAAGGUCGCGGCAGCGUUCAUCCGAAAACGAAUCCCGGAUUGUUCUGUAGUCGCUCAUAACUGUAAGAUACAGGAUAAAGAUGACCAGUUUUAUCGAUCGUUCGACAUUAUUAUUUGUGGUUUGGAUUCUGUUGUUGCAAGAAGAUGGCUUAAUGCUAAAUUGGUGAGCUUAGUGGAAUUCGAUUCGGAUUGCAGUCCAACAGGUAUCAUACCUUUAAUUGAUGGUGGCACAGAAGGAUUUAAGGGCAAUGCUCGAGUAAUAUUGCCGACGAUGACUGCUUGCAUCGAAUGUACUGUUGAUCUGUACCCACCACAGAACACUUUUCCUAUGUGUACGAUAGCAAACACUCCUCGGCUUCCUGAACAUUGCAUCGAAUAUGUGAAAGUAAUACAGUGGGAUACAGAUAAACCCUUCAGUGGUGAAGCGAUGGAUACUGAUAAUAUGGAACAUGUGGAAUGGGUGUUUAAAGCUGCUUUAAAUAGAGCUAAUAAAUACAAUAUCAAGGGGGUUGAUUUAAGGCUCACAAAAGGUGUCCUGAAACGAAUAAUCCCUGCGGUAGCCUCCACCAAUGCUGUUAUUGCUGCAUCAUGCGCACUGGAGGCUUUGAAAUUAGCUUCGAACAUUUCCUGUCCGAUGCAAAAUUACCUCAAUUUUACCAACAUCGACGGAGCUUUCAUGGGAGUUGUCGAAUUGGAGAAAAGACUAGAUUGCCUAGUAUGUGGUGAACAGGCACAAUACUUAGAUGUACCUGCCACGGAAACACUGCGCUACUUGCUAGAUGAAAUUAUAAAAAGAUACCAGCUUUGUAAUCCAUCAGUACAAACAGCAAAGGAGAAGUUAUAUAUGAAAAGCGAUUUGUUACCUGAACUGGUUAAUAUAAGCAAUGCCAAUUUGUCUAGAACUUUGAAAGAUCUUGGUCUGAUAAACGGUGACGAACUUCUUAUCGCUGAUGAAACUCGGGCUCGGCCGAUUUCCUUACGUAUUCGUUAUCAAGAAGACUAAAAAAUUUACGUGAGAUCUGUUACAUUAUGUUACGAGAUGCAUAUACGAAGUUAACUGAUCAAAAGCAAAGCACUGAAGCACACUUGUUAGAACAAAAUCUUCGCAUGUUCCACACCUGUAACUUUUUUUCUAGAUCCGCGAAGAGCGACAUAUUCCGAGCAAAGUCUCUUGAGAGAAAUACAUCUAAUGAAUAGGAUGCAUUAUUGCACUGGCUUUUUGAACACUUUUUAUGAGUCUUGUUGAGUUUUACUGACUUUGUUCGUAUGUUUUAUACAAAAGUGUUGGUAGUAUAAAUAUAUCCAAAAAAAACAUGUGAACAUAUGCGAAGACAACACGGAUAUAUAAGGUACUGC